AUGUCCGCAGCCCCCGUCAUAUCGAGUGGUUCGAACCAGUUCCUCAGCCUUAGCAGGAAGUUUCAUCGGUGCUCCGCUUUCCGGGGCCGUGCUGGAAGCCUAGACUUCAGUCUGGCUCCGGUCACGUCCUCCGAGGGUGAAUCGGGGAGGAAACCAGAGAGACCGCGGGGGAGGAGGCGGAAGAUCCGCAGGAAUCGCGCUGCCGCAGUCUCCGUGGCUGAGCCCGCCCUCAGCUCCAACAGUCGACAUCAAGCGGUGACCGCUCGUUCCAGUGGCGCCAGCAGCAGGCGAUUCUUCCGCGGGAUCGAGGGACUGAAGAGCAACGAGCGGCUGCACCGCCUUGUCCGGGAGGGAGAGCUGGAUGACGGCCUAAGGCUACUGGAGGGAAUGUACCGGCGUGGGGAGAUCCCGGACAUCAUCCCCUGCACCAGCCUCAUCCGAGGGUUCUGCAAGCUCGGCGAGACGCGGAAGGCUGGGCGUGUCCUGCGGAUAAUUGAGGAAUCGGGGGCGUCUCCCGAUGUAAUCACCUACAAUGUGAUGAUCAGUGGUUUCUGCAAACUCGGAGAAACAGAUAACGCUCUCCGUGUUUUGGAUCGGAUGAGUGUGGCUCCGGAUGUCGUCACGUACAAUACCAUUUUUCAGAGCCUAUGUGAGAGGGGGAAACUCGAGCGAGCGAUGGAGGUGCUCGACGGAAUGCUGCAGAGAGGAUGCCUACCCGACGUUUUCACGUACACGAUUCUGAUUGAAGCUACUUGCAAGGAGAGUGGAGUGGGGCAAGCCAUGAAACUUCUUGAUGAGAUGAGGAGCAAAGGGUGUAAGCCAGAUGUGGUCACCUACAAUGUCCUCAUCAAUGGCAUGUGCAAGGAAGGGAGGGUGGAUGAAGCGAUCAGAUUUCUGAGCUACAUGCCCACUUAUGGGUGCAACCCUAAUGUCAUUAGCCAUAAUAUUGUUCUGCGGAGCAUGUGCAGCACGGGAAGAUGGAUGGAUGCUGAGAAGUUGUUGGAGGACAUGGUCCAGAAGAGGUGUUCACCAAGUGUUGUGACCUUCAACAUCUUGAUCAACUUCUUGUGUCGUAAAGGAUUGCUGGGGCGUGCAAUCAGUGUGUUGGAGAAGAUGCCGGAAUAUGGGUGCACGCCCAAUUCAUUGAGUUAUAACCCAUUGCUUCAUGGGUUCUGCAAGGAGAAAAAGAUGAAGAGGGCCAUUGAAUACCUGGAAAUAAUGGUUUCGAGAGGGUGCUACCCUGAUAUUGUAACUUACAACACUUUGCUCACUGCUCUGUGCAAGGAUGGAAAAGUUGAGGUUGCCGUUGAGAUGCUUCAUCAGCUUGGUAGCAAAGGCUGUUCCCCUGUGCUAAUCACAUAUAACACAGUCAUCGAUGGGCUAUCAAAAGUGGGUAAAACAGAGACGGCACUGGAACUUUUGGAAGAGAUGGUAGUGAAAAGACUCCGACCUGAUAUCAUUACUUAUUCCUCAAUUGUUGCUGGACUUAGUAGAGAGGGCAAGAUUGAAGAAGCGAUCAGAAUCUUCCAUGAGCUGAAAAAUCUGAGUGUCAGGGCCAAUGCUAUAACAUACAAUGCUAUUAUUCUUGGUCUAUGUAAGCUCCGUCAAACAGAUCGUGCUAUUGACUUUUUUGCGUACAUGGUUUCUAGAGGUUGUAUGCCAACUGAAUCAACAUACACCACUCUUAUUGAAGGUUUGGCUUAUGAGGGUAUGGCUAAAGAGGCCUUGGAUUUGCUAAAUGAAUUGUCUUCCAGAGGAGUGGUGAAGAAGAACUCUAUGCAGAAUGUUGUGGUUAGCAUAUAG